AUGGUUGAUGAUGCUCGAUUUGCCUUUAUUGUGGAAUGGUAUGAGGAAAUUGCUGCGCGUACUAGAACAUUCCAGUUUUUCUACUAUUCCAAAAGCAAAAGUAUUGAAAUGUUCGACAUAAAAACCAGAAAAAUGUUUCUGAAGACAAACUUGUCAGCCUGCCCCAUUGAGCUCCAAGAUCUUUACAUUGGUGCUUCUAUCAAUGUCCUUGGCCGGCAACUAAAAAUUGUGGAAUAUGGGGAUGAGUUCACAAAGAGAAAGCUUAUGAGCAGACUUGAGAGAACACUGGGUUUCAUCAAGCCAGACUCCCUGGACAAAAUGGGGGAUAUCAUAGAUGCCAUCUAUGACCGUGGGCUCAACAUUGCCAAACUAAGGAUGUGUCGGAUUGGCCAGAGUGAUGCAUUCAGAUUUUACCAGGAUCAGACAGAUCUGGGGGCCAUGAACGCUAAGGUGAACUUUUUGACUAGUGGUCCUGUACUAGCCUUUGAACUUGUGGGUGACAAUGCAGUUCAGCGAUGGCAGGAGAUGAUUGGACCAACAGACCCAGCCAAGGCAAGAGCUGAAGCCGCUUCUUCUCUGAGGGCACGGUUUGGAAAAGACAACCUCCACAAUGCAGUUCAUGGAGCAGAUGGCCCCUCCUCAGCGGCGAGAGAGAUUGAGUUCUUCUUCCCAUCAUCCCAGAAGCAGGUGUUCACCAACUGUGUGCUGGGAUCAGGCUCCACUUGUUGUGUUGUCAAACCUCAUGCCAUAAAAGCUGGAAACGCAGGGAAAAUCAUUAAUGCCAUUCAAGAUGCUGGGUUCACAGUGAACACAAUUCAGAUGUUCACACUUGACAAAGCCAACGCUGAAGAAUUCUAUGAGGUCUAUAAAGGGGUGGUACAUGAGUACCCAGGCAUGGUCAAUGAGCUCGCCUCUGGCCCAGUCAUCGCCAUGGAGAUUACAGGAAAGAACUCUGAGCAGGUCCCCAUGGCCUUCCGAGAACUCUGCGGUCCAAUGGAUCCC